UUAAAAAAUAAAUUCCGACCAUUAAUCUUAAAACCCCUAAAAUUCGGGUUAUUUCCAUAAAAAAUAAUUCGAUUUUCUCACAAUGAAAUUAUGAAUAUUGAACGAAAUUUCUAAAAAGUUGAGAAGAAUUUUUCUUUUUUAAAAUUUUGUUUGUUCGAUUUGAAUAUGGAAUCGAUUUUAGCUCGAGCAUUGGAGUAUACUUUGAAGUACUGGCUUAAAUCUUUCUCAAGAGAUCAAUUUAAAUUGCAAGGCCGUACAGGACAACUCUCUAAUUUAGAUAUAAAUGGUGAUGCUUUACAUGCGAGUAUGGGGCUGCCAUUGGCUUUGACUGUGACGACAGCCAAAAUUGGGAAAUUGGAGAUAAUUCUGCCCAAAGUAAAAAAUGUACAAGUCGAUCCAAUUGUUUUGCAAAUUGAUAGACUUGAUAUGGUUCUGGAGGAAAAUCCUGAUGUUGAUACUGCUGCCAGCUCAAACAACUUGCAAUCACCCACCAGCUCAGGGAAAGGUAGCGGUUAUGGGUUUGCUGACAAGAUUUCAGAUGGAAUGACUCUACAGUUUCAGACAGUCAAUCUUCUACUUGAAACUAGUGGAGGUGCUUGGUUCGAAGGGGGAGCAGCUUGGGCGACACCUAUGGCUUCUAUCACCAUGCGCAACCUUUUACUUUAUACUACUAACGAAAAUUGGCAGGUUGUAAAUCUUAAGGCAGCACGGGAUUUCUCCUCAAACAAAAAUCUCAUAUAUGUUUUCAGGAAACUUGAAUGGGAGUCUCUAUCUAUUGAUCUCUUGCCUCAUCCUGACAUGUUCAGUGAUGCUCGUUUAGCACGCCCUCGUGUGGAAGCAGCUCAGAGAGAUGAUGAUGGUGCAAAACGUGUUUUUUUUGGGGGAGAGCGUUUUCUUGAAGGCAUAUCAGGAGAGGCUUAUAUCACCGUGCAGAGGACAGAAUUGAACAGUCCACUAGGCCUUGAGGUUCAGUUACAUGUUACAGAGGUUGUUUGCCCUGCACUAAGUGAACCAGGACUCCGAGCUCUUCUCCGAUUCUUGACUGGAUUAUGUGUAUGUCUAAAUAGAGGAGAUGUGGAUCUAAAGGCUCAGCAGCGUUCAGUUGAAUCAGCAGGACACUCUCUAGUUUCUCUUGUUGUGGACCAUGUAUUUCUUUGCGUAAAGGACCCAGAGUUUUGGCUUGAACUUCUGAUGCAGUCACUCCACUUUUCUCGGGCCAGUGUCUCUGAUGGAGAAAGUUCUCGUAAUUUGUCUAAGGUUAUGAUUGGUGGGCUGUUUUUAAGGGAUACCUUUUCACGCCCUCCCUGUACUUUAGUGCAACCAUCUAUGAAGGCUGUUACUGAUUCUCAUCUUCUUACUCCUAAAUUUGGUGAGAAUUUUUGCCCUCCAAUAUAUCCUUUGGGUAAACAGGAAUGGCAGUUACCUGUUGGUGUUCCUUUAAUAAGCCUCCACUCUCUUCAAGUCAAACCCUCUCCACCCCCUCCAUCUUUUGCUUCACGAACUGUAAUUAGUUGCCAACCUCUUAUGAUACAUCUUCAGGAAGAAUCUUGUUUGAGGAUAUAUUCCUUCUUGGCUGACGGAAUAAUUGGCGAUCCUGAUGCUGUUUUGCCAGAUUCUUCAGUGAAUUCUUUUGUGUUCACUCUCAAGGAGUUAGAAAUUAGUGUUCCUCUGCACACUAGCAAAUUUGAUAAUCCUGGUGGUGAAGAGGACCAUGCCCUACAAAACUCAUUUGCUGGAGCUAGGCUUCACUUUGAGAAGUUGUUUUUCUGCGAGUCACCAUCACUAAACCUCAAGCUACUGAACCUGGAGAAGGAUCCUGCUUGUCUCUCUGUUUGGGACGGCCAACCUGUUGAUGCUAGCCUUAAAAAAUGGACUGCCGAAGUAUCACAAGUCAGUUUGUUGUUAGAACCAACUGCUUGCUCAACCGGUUCUCCUGACUGGUCUUCGGAUUUGUGGAAGUGCGUUGAGGUGAAAGAUGUUUGCAUUGAGUUAGCUAUGGCAUCAACUGAUGGGAACCCAUUAACAGUUCUGCCUCCUCCAGGUGGUAUUGUCAGAAUAGCAGUUGCUUGUCCACAAUUUUUGUCCAAUUCAUCAGUUGAGCAAUUCAUUUUUGUCUUGGAUCUCUAUGCGUAUAUCGGUAGAGUUAGUGAAAAGAUUUCCGUGGUUGGAAAGAAUAAAAGACCAAAGAGAAACAAGGACGAUACUCUGGGUGGAAGACUGAUAGAGAAAGUUCCAAGUGAUACUGCUGUAAGUUUAGCAAUAACUGUUCUGCAGCUUCGGUUUCUUGAAGCAUGCUCCUUAGAUAUGCAGGGCAUGCCAUUAGCUCAAUUUACUGGAAACAAUCUGUUCCUGAAAGCCACUCACAGAACUCUUGGUGGUGCUAUGGCUGUUUCAUCGACCUUGUGUUGGGAGAGUGUUCAGGUCGACUGUGUAUCCACAGAGGGAAACAUUGUAUACAAUAAUAAUAAUACACUGAUAGAUGCAACUAAAAAUGGUUCUUUGGCAACUGAGAAUGGAUUUUCUCCUCUAAGAGCUGUUUUUUGGAUACACAACAAGCAGAAGCAGCUAUCUAGUCCAAAAGCUUCAGUAAUUCCAUUUCUCGACAUAAGCACUGUGCAUGUCAUUCCUUUUAAUGAGCGGGACAAAGAGUGUCAUACUUUAAGUGUGUCAGCUUGUAUAUCAGGUGUACGCUUAGGUGGAGGAAUGAGUCAUACUGAAGCUCUGCUACGUCGGUUUGGAAUAUUUGGUCCUGAUGGGGCUCCCAGCCUGAGGCUUUCUAAGGGCAUAGAGAACUUAUCAUCUGGGCCACUGUCAAAACUUUUACAGUCUUCAGCUUUCAUUGAUAAUGAUCUUGUGGAUGGUGGAACUUUGGGAGGGCUAAAGGAUGAUAGUUUUUCGCACCUGGGAAUCCCGGAUGAUGUGGAUGCAUCCAUCGAGUUGCAAGACUGGUUAUUUGCACUUGAAGGUGUGCAAGAGAUGGCUGAAAUGUGGUGGUUUGAGAAGGAAGACUUGGGCAGAGAGCAUAGGUGUUGGCACAUGACUUUCAAAAGUUUGACUGUAAAAGCAAAAAGUAGUUCCAAGGAUGUGCAGAACUUAAAAAAUAAUUCACAUGGAAUGCGGAGAUAUCCUGUGGAGUUCAUCUUAGUUAGUUUGGAAGGCUUGCAGACAUUGAAGCCUCAGGUGGAGAGGAGCAGCAUCCUUGAAGAUCCUUUACCUGUAAAUGGCUUCAAAGAAAGUGUCUCGAUAUUUGGAAGAAUGAAUCUUGAAGUUCGUAUGAAGAUAUUGGAAGAUAAAGUUGACAACGAAACCAUCAACUGGAUGAUGGAGAACUUUAAACUCUCCGUCAAACAACCGAUUGAGGCUGUUUUAACCAAGGACGAACUUCAACACCUUGCUUUCUUAUGCAAAUCCGAAGUUGAUUCAAUUGGUAGGUUAACUGCUGGAAUCUUGCGGUUGCUCAAGCUUGAAAAGUCACUUGGCAAAGAAGCCAUGAAUAAACUUAGCAACCUCGGAAUCGAGGGUUUCGAAAAGAUUUUCUCAUCUGAUAAGCUCAGUCAAGGCAGCAAGCUUCAAAGUAUCACAACAUUGGCUUUGCUUGAGGAGGCAGUUUCAGAUUCACAAGCCAAGUGUGCCGCUCUCAUCACUGAAUCAUCUAAUUUGGAGUCUUCCCAGGUGAACCUUACUAACAUUAAAGAACUUCAACAGAAACUGGAUAACAUGCAUAGUUUACUGCUGCAAUUGCGGGUUCAAAUUUGAAUUUCUUUAUCGAAAAAAUAUUUGCUUUUGAUCAUAUAGUUUUUACUCAUUCUUUAUGUAUAUAGUAAACAUACUAUAAUUACAUGUCCGAGUAUAUGAGGUUUAUUAAGCAUUGAUGAAAGAAAUUUAGUUUGUGUAA